GGGCAGAGGAGGAACCGCCGCUUCCAAGGGUAGCGGUGCAGCCGGGAGUGGCGAAGGGUGGCGAGAGGGGCGGGGUCUGCCUUGUAAACAGACAGUAUGGCCACGGCCGGCGGCCUAGGGGUCCUGCAGGGCUGCAGCGUCCGCUUGGCGACUGCUUACUUGGCCCGGUUGGGUCAGGGUUUGGUGGCGGGAGGGUCGGGGCAGAGAAUGGGUUCAGCAUCCUGGCGUCGCUGCUGGGCUUCCUCGAGUGCUGGGUCAGGCCCCAGAAGGAGUUACGGUUCGGAGGCAAAAGGCGAGGAGGAGCUGAAAGUCCGAUACCUGGAGGAGGAGAGUAAAGGAAUUGUGGUGCUUGGAAUAAACCGAUCUUAUGCCAAAAAUGCUCUCAGUAAAAAUCUCAUAAAAAUGCUAUCAAAAGCCGUGGAUGCUUUGAAAUCUGAUAAGAAAGUGCGGACUAUAAUAGUCAGGAGUGAAGUCCCUGGAAUAUUCUGUGCUGGUGCUGACCUUAAGGAAAGAACCCAAAUGAAUUUGAAUGAAGUUAGUUCUUUUGUCUCCAAAUCAAGAGCAGUGAUUAAUGAAAUAGCUAAUCUUCCAGUGCCAACUAUUGCAGCAAUAGAUGGGAUCGCAUUGGGUGGUGGCCUUGAGUUGGCUUUAGCAUGUGAUAUUAGAGUAGCAGCCUCUUCUGCUAAAAUGGGCUUGGUUGAAACAAAAUUGGCCAUCAUUCCUGGUGCAGGAGGAACACAAAGAUUACCUCGUGUCAUUGGCAUGGCUCUGGCAAAGGAAAUGAUCUUCUCUGCUCGUGUAUUAGAUGGCCAGGAAGCAAAAUCAAUAGGACUGAUCAGCCAUGUUUUAGAACAAAAUGAAACAGGGGAUGCUGCCUACAGAAAGGCAUUAGCCCUAGCAAGAGAAUUUUUACCUCAGGGGCCUGUAGCAAUGAGAGUGGCAAAACUAGCCAUCAAUCAAGGCAUGGAGGUGGACUUAAUCACAGGUUUAGCAAUAGAAGAAGCCUGUUAUGCUCAGACUAUUCCAACUAAAGACAGACUUGAAGGUCUUCUGGCUUUUAAAGAAAAAAGGCCCCCUCGUUACAAAGGAGAAUAAAAGACAUAGAAGCUUUGUCAUUCAAAUGUGAUCUCCCUACUUCUGGAAGUACCUUUCUGGUAUAUCUUGAGGCAAAUGGACUUAUAACCACCAAGAUGAAAAGCAAGCUAUUCAUAGAGUGCAUUAAACAUCUGGAAUGUGCCCAUCCAUGUACUUCAUGUAAGCAUAUGCACUGUUACAGUCAUUCUAGUUUAUGAAGAUGGCUAUAUGUACUAUCUCAAAGCCAGGGUCUUUUUUUUUAAUUUCAUGUGUUAUUAGGCAUCCCAUUCCUAAUUUUUAAAAUGUGAAUAAUUCCUAUAGACCAAGCCUAAGAAAUAAUGUCAAAUGUAUGUGUCAUACUGCAUUGAAAAAAAAAUAAAGGUUAAUGUCUGUACACCAAAAACGUGAGGUAUACCAAAUAAAGUUUUAAAGGAUUACAUAGGAGAUUUUACAUACAUAUGUUAAUGAAGAGAUUUAGCUCAGAAAGAAAUUAAAAGAUAAUUUGUGAGUUGUAAAAUACAAAAUAAAGUUAGUGAAAUGAAGCUAUAUUUGCUUAUAAAUUAUUAUCAAUGUUUUGUGUUUUUGAUUGAGUAGGUAAUUCCAUAUCAGCUUUUCAGAGAAAUGAAUUGAAAUAGAAAAAGUGGAUAUAGAAAAACGGAAGACAGAAAAUUACCAAUUGGUCAGCCAGUUUCAGGCUGUACAAUCAAAGCAAUAUGGUAUAUUACAAAGAGCACUGUUUAGAGUCCAAGGACCUGGGUUCAAAUCGUGCCUUCUUAAUAUCUAUAUGACCUUGGACAAGUCACUUAACCUCUCUGGGUACCAGUUUUCUCAUCUAUGAAAUGAAGGGAUUUGACUAAAUGGUCCCUGAGGCACCUUUCAUCUCUAGAUCUGUGAUCCUAUAAUGAAUAAUACUAAGCUAACAUGUUCAAACAUUUCAGGUCAAAAGGCCUUUUUAAGGUUUCUAGAAGCAUGAAAUUAGCAUACCCUCCUGCCCACACUCCCACAUUUUUAUUGAUAUUUUUGGGUUUCACAUCACCUUCUUUUCCCAGAAAACCAUCCCUUGUAACAGAAUACAAGGGAAAUUGGGAAAGGGAGUAGCAGGAGGAGGCAAGGUAGAAAGUUUGGCAACAUUAAUAUUACCAGACUCACAGUAUAGGCAGUGUUGCACUUCCAUAGCCCUCCAUCUCUGCGAAGAAGAAAGAUGCCAUUCCUCUUUCCUUCAUAGCCAUGCUUAAUCAUUAUAAUUACAUAGCUUCAGUUUAGUUGUUUCUUGUUGUUUCCAUUCAUAUUGUUCCAUUCAUUGUGUAUGUUUUUCUGGCUACAUAAUUAACCCCACAUCAGUUCCUGUCUUCUUGUUUCACUGUAUUCUUUAUAUUCAUAGUUAUAGCACCGUACAAUUUUUCUUAUUCAAUAGUUUCAGUUGUAUCUGACUUUUCGUGACCCCAUUUGGGGUUUUCUUGGCAAAGAUGCCACAGCAGUUUGCCACUUCCUUCUCCAGCUCAUUUUUCGGAUGAGGAAACUCAGACAAACAGGGUUAAGUGACUUGCCCAGGGUCACACAGCUAGUAAGUGUCUGAGACCAGAUUUGAACUAAGGAAGAUUACUCUUUCUGACUCCAGCCCAGUACUUUAUCCACUGCACCAUCAAGGUGCCCUACAGUACAACUAAUUUAUCACAUUUUGUUUAAUCAUUCUCCAAUCAAUAGCCAUAGACUUUACUCCCAGAACUUGCUACUACCAAAAGUGGAACUGGCAUCCUUAAAACACUUCUAUUGAGAAAGUGAUGUACCUCAUUGACAUUUGCCAGAGAACCAAGUUCUUUAAACUCCAGAAAUUACUUUGUAUAUUUUAUUUGUGUAUUUACUUGUUUAUGUUCAUAACUGUCUCCCCUCAAUUAUUUAAACUCCUUGAGAGCAGGGUUUUAUCUUUAGCACCUUGCACAAUGCCUACCACGUAGGGACCAGGCCUUUGAUUUCACUGGGUUAGGGAACCCCCAAGUGAAGUUGUGCAAAUGGGCACCUCCUCUAUAACUGACAAUUGUAGUGAUCUUUUUUUAAUUAGUUUUUUUGGAGGGGGGAAGGCAGGGCAAUUAGGGUUAAGUGACUUGCCCAAAGUCACACAGCUAGUCAGUGUGUCAAGUGUCUGAGUCCGGAUUUGAACCCAGAUCCUCUGGAUUUGAACUCAGAUCCUCCUGACUCCAGGGCCAGUGUUCUACUCACUGUGGCACCUAGCCACCCCUGGAGUGAUCUUUUUAGAGUAGUGGUGUCAAACGCAAAUAGAAAAUGAUCCCUACAGGCCACAAAUUGACUUAGAAAACCCCAAAUUAUCAUCUGCAUUUAUUGUAUUUUUAUUUAUUUUGUUAAACAUUUUGUAUUUGCAUCCUGGUUUGGCCAGCACACUUCAGCCUACACAAGCCUAAAAGUUUGAUAUCUCUGUCCUGGAGUACCUAGAAGUUAAAUUAUUUGCCCAAAAGCACAUAGCCAGUGUGUUGGAUUUAUCUACUAGAUGCCUAAUAAAUGAUUACUGAAUGAGAGAAUUGAAUAUUCCAGAUGUGUCCAUAACAACAAGCUUUGGAUCGUUCUGGGAAACAGAACAGAGACUAUUUCUUUACAGAUUCCUACCCACUACCCAUAUGUUCUGACUUCCACAAAGUAGCUAAAGUAGCAAAGAAUAUCAUUUUUUAAUAAUCUCUGUAAUGAAAUCAUAGCUUUGCUUUUACCAGAAGUAAGUGUAUAAAUGGAGAAAGGGAAUGUUGUGUUCACAACACCCGGUCACUGGCUAGAACAAACUGAGAAGAAAAGUAUGGAUAGGUAGGUUUGAAGCAUACAUAGAAGGGAUUGGGAAGUAGCAUAUGCAAAAUGUGCUCAGGUCAAAUGGAUAUUUAAAAAUUAGGAAGUAGUGAAAUAAUUUUCAAUGCCUACAUUUUAAAUCAGUGUCUAGGCCUAGGAAACCCAAGUGUUAUCCAGAUAGACAAUAGUAUGUUCCCCAUUUUCCACUCUGUGAGCUAGAGAAGUCUAAUUUCUUGAAGUGACAUCUUAAAUUUUUAUUUUUAUCUCCAUAUUCUUUGGAUGACCAACUAUUUUGUAUUUUUUGGUUUAUUUUCUUUGUUUAGCUUUAUUUUUCGUUUUCAUCUUGCUAAAGGCCAUUCAUUAUUAAGAUGUCAAAGCACACCUAAAGGCUUUUCCUUCCUAAAAUUUUGGCAUGCUGAUUCUUUCACAGGAUCAUAAAUUUGGAGCUGUUAGGGACCUGAGAGUCUUUUCUAGUCUGAACUCUUUUUGUUCAGGUUUGAUGCUGGAGCAAAAUGAGGCACUCAUGAAUCACUGAACAUAAAAAAUGAGGUUUACUUUGCCCUACACAGUAAGGAUAUGCAACAAGUAUCUACAGCAAUGAUACAGUGGGUCUUAGCUUCUCUGGAAACAUCCCUCUUUUUUUCAUCUGGAAAUAUGGCUGGUCAGGCAGUCAUCAGGGUAGAGCUAGCUAGCUACUUAAUGUCUCAGACACCCACCAAGUCUGAAAAGCCUGAGUGCCAAAUGCCUCAGAGAAACUGGGGUCAAAGGUACUUGUGUGGGGGAGAAUGUUGUGUCAGGAAAGCUGAUGGGAAGCUGCAUCAUAAAACUUCUAUCUGACCACACCCCUCAUAUAUAUAGGAAGCUGAUGCUCAGUCACUUGCCCAAAGUCAUACAAGGACUAAGUAGCAAAGCCAGCAUUUUAACAUAGGCCCUCAAGACUCCAAAUCCAGUGCUUUUUCUAUCAUUAUUCAUUUACUGAAUUGAAAUGUUAUUAAAUGAAAACAACCUAAAACUAUGGAAUCCGGAGUCAGAAAAUAUUGUACUUAUUUUCCAUGUUCCAUUUUGGUGUUUUUCAUAUGGAAAAUCAGACUCUUUCAGAAUUCUCUGAUAACUGUAAUAGUUGGUAAACUUUAUAGUCAGAAGCUUGCUUAUUUUAAAUAAAUUUAGGUUGUUAACUUUUGUUCAGCUCCUGAACGUAUUCCUCUACAAUCUUCGUUAUAGUGGCUAUGCAGAUCUGUGGUUGUGGCUCAGCUAUAAUAUGAAUGGAUGCUAUUAAAAUUCAUAUUUAGCAAUAUAUUUAAAUGUAAAUUGAUUAUAUCUGGUGGAGCAUACACUUUAUUUACUGACUAUUUCAUGAUAAUUUGCAAGUAAAGUACUUUAAAGCCUU